AUGUAUAUAUAUGACCACCAUUGGAUAAUACCCGGCCGCAUACACCCACCGUGCUUUUCAUAUGAUAAGACUGGACUCUUCUUUUACCUCCGAGAGGGGUUUGCAUCUCAUCAAAACACUCUUGACGCUCCGUUCCACGUCGCCACUCUUUCUUUUCCCCCACAGCAAACCCAUCUUCCUUUGUCAACAACCCCCAUCACCACCACCGCCAUGUCCUCCUCAGAAAGAGACCAACCCAUCUACAACCCCCUCGGCUCCCUUACCCGCCAUGUGACAACGCACUCCCCCACCACCGGCCUCUCCAUCUUCGCCCCUCCCUCCCUCCUCCCCUCCUCCCCAACCCCGUACGGCUCAGUAGGCAUGGUUGUCCACGACCUCUACAAAACCUUCACCACCCCCGUCAACAUGUCCACUGAAGAUGACAUUAACCGUCUCCAGGCUCACCCCCUCCAGCCAAGUCCAGGCACGCUCUGGUUCCCAAAAGCACCAGGGGAAACGCUCGUGCGGUACUGCGACUGGGGACCAGGGCAGGCAAUCCAGUUUCACAGGACAGAAACAAUCGACUUUGGGGUGGUUAUCGAAGGAGAGAUGGAGCUGACUCUGGACGGCGGGGAGAAGAGAAGGCUCAAAAAGGGUGAUGUGGUCGUGCAACGAGGGACGAUGCAUGCUUGGGAAAACAAGAGCGAUACCGUCUGGGCGAGAGUGGUAUUCUUUCUUGUUGGUGCCGAGGCGGUUGAUGUAGGGGGGGAUAAAAAGACGGAGGUGCUGCCUUGGAGUCAUGCCUGA